GAAAACAAUCAUUUAAGAAUUGUUUCUAAAAGAAAAACAUAAAAGUAAGAAUUAUCAAAAAGAUUUUGCUUGUAUACUAGUUGCGCAUUCCCUACAAUCCAACCAAAACACAAAUCCCUGUUGAACUCUUUACUCUUCCCAAUCAGACAAAGAACGAACUACCGGUUCUUGUUGGUACAUUAUUUUGUUGGGAAAUGAGAAAAUUGGGAAAUUUUCUUUACGCAGCACAGGAAAGGGAAAUAAACCCCCCUAAGACCAAGACCACCCCAAUGAAUGCCUCGCCCAACCCCAAUUCCCAACCAAACAACAUUUAAACCUAUCCAUGAAUUUUUGCAGCACCAAGAGCAACAGCAACAUCAACACCAGCACCAGCAGCAACGUUGAACGUUGAAGUUGAAACUUGAACAGAGCGUGUUGGUGUUCCCCUCUCGAUUCUCGCACAAAAUAAUAAAAACGCAAACUCGCACAAGGCACAAAUUGCAAAAGCCAACAACGAACUCUGAAAACUCUGAACACUCUUGGCUCUUGGACUCUUUUUCUGUUUUCUUGGCGAAAUCAGUUUUGAGUUUUUCCAGAGCAUCUGAGUUGAUACAGAACCGGGAACGCGAGUGGACCUCUUAAUUCGUCGGUUGUCAAAAUAAAAAUUGUUUGCAAAUAUUCGCGAAAAUACAAAAAAAAACUACCUUCCCAAAAAUUUGAUUUGAUUGUUUUCUUUCGAUUUCGUUUGCUCCCUCCCAAAAGAAGCCUCUUCCCAGUUGGAUGAGACAGUGCAAACGCUUGCCGAAUUCUUCUUUCCCCACUGGUAGUAUAGUUCCCUAUUGUCGUUGUCGUUGUCUAGUGAAGUUGCAGUUCUCCUGAAAUCGAUACACUUCCUCCUCCCAAACGCACGGUGGAGUUAUAAAUGAGUUGACGACGACGUAGGUAUUCGGGCAUCUUUGUGUGUUAGCUUCCAAAAACCACGAUUCUCUGGCACUUGGUCUAGAAAACUAAAGACCACUGAAUCCGGAAUUCUGAAUCCGUAUGGAAGCGCAGUGUCGUGCAAUUGCAAUCAUCCUGUCACCAGAGCCCUUCCUCCAGCUGCUGCUGCUGGUCCAAAACCAACAUUAUUAACUUCUUCGAGCAAUUUCCGGUAUCGUUGUCGUCUUUGUGGUCGUCAAGCUGCGUGGCUUAGUGCAAUCGUUAACGUUGCUGCUUCUCUACAUUGCCGUCGAGGUGUUUGUGUUCCUUGCGGGGAAGCGUUAUUGUGCUAAAAAUUGAAAAGUAAAGAAAGUGUCUCACGAUCAUAGUGACUAAGGUCCUAGUGCAAGCUAAACAAACAAGUGCAUCCUUUCGAAACACCCCCUGGAAGUAGUGUCAAUAAUUAUUUAUCAUGACGACCGAUUUGCUGUUCCCCAAAAUCGCUGACUGUUCCUAUGUGUCGUGUUACUGUGAGGAAAAUGUGUGGAAACUAUGCGAACAAGUUAAAAAAACUCGACCUGAAGAGCUCUCAAAGUGCUAUGCUAUAUUCGUUUCAAAUGAAGGACGAACGGUGCCACUGUGGCGGCAAAAAGCUGGACGUGGUGAUGACCAAGUCGUCAUAUGGGACUAUCACGUAUUCUUUAUGCACAAUCCAUCACCGAAUCGAUGUUUAGUAUUCGACUUAGAUACGACGUUACCUUUUCCAACAUAUUUCCACAAAUAUGUAACCGAAACGUUUCGGUCGGAUUUAGCACUAAGGUCAGAGCAUCACAGAUUUUUUCGAGUAAUACCAGCGGAAACAUAUCUCUCAGAGUUCGCUUCAGAUCGAAGACAUAUGCGAAGACCAGACGGAAGUUGGAUAAAACCACCUCCAUCAUAUCCCCCUAUAGAGUCUUGUUCAAGUGCACACAGUUUAGGAGAUUUCAUUUGCAUGACAGCUGGCAAGGGACCCGGAAGUGUAUAUAGUUUAUCAGAAUUCGUACAACGUUUCUAUAAAGCGCCUCACGUUGUAGCGCAGCAAAAUAAUAAAUAAUAAAAAAUCCCAAACAAAAAUUAAAUAUCUUAAACUUACGAACCACAAAAAAAUAUUGUUUUUUAAAUAAUUAUAUAAAUUAAUAAAGAAAAACAAAAGAAAUAUAAAAAAAAUUUAAAUUAUUUUUCAUUAUAUACAAUAAACAAAAACCAAAUAGAUGUUAUUUUUCCCCUUUUUAUAUAUAAAAAUAAAAACAUUUAUGCAUAAGAAACUCAAAACAAAAAGAAAAAAAAAACAAAAAACUAAAUAUUUUUAUAAACAAUAAAUAAAUUACUACUGCGUGAGAAAAACAAAAAAAAAACAAACAAAACAAAAAAGCUAACAAAUUAAAAAUAAUGUAACAGAGAAGAAAACAAAAAUGUAAAAGAAUUAAACUUGCUAUAAGCUAAGCUAAGUCACCCAUUUCUCGCUUGAUAUUUAAAAAUUAUUAAUUUUACAUUUUUACUUAAUCAAUUAAACUUUUAUUAAUAACUUAUCUAAAGUUUUGAGAUAUUUUAACACUCGUUCAUUAUUUUGAUACUUUAUAUCGAUUGGUUUUUUCACUCUCCUAAAUUCAUAUAAAUAUUAAAUUUAAUUUCCACAAUAAUGAAUACUUGCAAAGUCUUAAGUAAAGUACCCUUGAGUGUAUAUUUUAAAAUGUUGUUAUAUAAAAUACAAAUAUUUAUUUUAUAUAAUUUUAAAAUGAGAAUAUAUUUCUCCAAUACUGAUAAAUAAAACACAGGUUGUGUGUAGAUUUUUAAAGAAAUGUUUUUUUUUUGUUCUAAUUUGAUUUAUUGAUUUAUCAAUGAAUUACUAUCUUAUUGAACUUUUUUAAAUUUUAACUCCAAUUUAAUAAUUAAUUUAAGCGACUAUAAAGACAAAGCCUUAAAUCAGCGUAAUUGAUUGAUUUUGUUUUAAAAAAGUUAAAACAAAAAUAAUAAUAAUAAAUAAAUAAUUCUUCACCAAAUUAAAAUACUAACUGAGCAAUAAACUAUUUAACAUUUACAAUAUAUAUUAUAUAUAUUUAAACUAAACAAAAAGUAAAAUGAUGCUGAUGAUAUGCUAUGCGCACACUAUAUAUAUUAUAUUAUUAUGUAUAAUCAACAAUAUAAGUUGAGAGUAUUGAUGUCUUGGAUGCACAUCAAAAAUAUGAUACUUUGAGGGGCAGAAUGUUUUUUUUCAAUCUAUGUCAUUUUAAACUAUACAUAAAAAAUUAAAUAUUUGUAUACAAAAAAUACUCAUUUUUAAAAUAUAAGUGGAUCUUCGAAGCCAAUAAAUACUCCUUAAAUUCGAUGGUGUACUUGGGCGCAUACGCACGUUUUUGUUUUAUCAAAUUUUUAACGAAGAAGUUAAGUGAAAUGUUAUAAAAUUAAAUAAUUUUUUUUUGGCUCAAUCUCAGUUUAAAUAAAAAAAGAAAUUAAGUUUUCACUUAUGUCACGAUACUUUUGAUUGAAAUAAGCUGAUAACUUUUCUUUUCUUCCUCGCUUUCGAAUACGCUCUAGCCUUUAUUUUUUAAUAUGAAUUCUAAAUAGGAACAUACAUGCUAAGAAAUUUUCUAAUAUCAAGAAUUUAUUUAAGUAUUGAGGUCUUAACACCCACUUAGGGUUACGAGUUUAACUUUUUUUUUAUUUGAUUUAAAUGUCAAUAAAUUAUUUAAGUAUUCGUAUAUUUUUUAAUUACGUUAAACGCAAUCCUUAGGAAUCCAAUAUUUACUUAAAUCUAAAGUUAAAACUAACAUAAUUUCAAUGAGUAUAGAGAAUUUGUUGAAUUUACUAAAUGAUUCAAUUGACGAACAUAAAAUCGUUCCAUUUAAAACACCAACUAUAAAACAGAAUUGAAAAUACUAUCUGUAACUAGAAAGAAAUGGGAGAUUUAUUAUUUUAAGCUUUCAAAGUCUAUCAGUCAUGGUGAAAAAAGCGACCAAAAUAUAAAAAAUCUAUGUUGAAUACUUUUAUAUUAUCUCAAUAUAAACGAAAUAGUAUGUCCGUUCCCGUACCCUUCUAAAACAAUCCAAUUUUACGAAUAAAAACCAAGUUUGACCAAGUCCUGUUCGCGUACUCAAAACUUUCGUAGUUUUUCGUAAAAAAGAGCACUCACUGGAGAGUAAAAUAUUCUCCCGACCUACGAAUUUUAGCCCAAGAAAUUUCUUUGGGCUGAUUUGUAAAAAGUGUCAAAUAUGAUAGAAAAUCAAAUAAUUUUAAACAAUACGAAUUUCAGUGCAGAAAGUACGCGAACGGACCAAGUAAUAAUAAUACAUAAUUAUCAGUAAACAUCAAUUUUGAGUCUAGUUCAACACCAAAGCCAGAAAAAUUAUAUUCUCUAUUCAAACGUGACGAAUUCAACAUCUAGUCAUAAAGUUUUGUAUUACGUUUGCGUAUAAGACACAGUAUCCUACUACACGAUUCCGAAAAUUAAAUAAGCCUAUCUUGUAGAACUUUAAAAUCCUUGAUUUAGUUGAUAAUUCAAAAAAUGUUAACAUCAUCUGCAUAGAUUAGCGAUAUAAAAAUAUUUCAAAAAGAAGGCACUUCAUGUAUAGACAAAACAUCAAUGGACCAAGGUGACUCCCUUGAGGUACACCAGAAUCGGCCUUAAAUUGAUAUGAAGGUGUACUCCUAAACAAAACGUUGAGAAUUGUAAUUUAAUAAUAAUUAUAGACAUUUUUCACAAACCUACAUACAUACAUAUUCACAUAUUUAUUUCACAUUAAAACCAAAAAAUAUUUAAAAGAAAUUAUGUAAUAGAUCAGUGAUUCAAACAGUGUACAAAUAGCAGAUAUAGGACGAUAAUUCGUAACUACAUUUUUAGAACAGGUUUUUUAUUGAUUGUGAGGUAUGAUUAUUUCCAAAGGAAAUGUGAACGAACUUGGAACAUAUCAGGUCAUCGUUAAAAACAUAAAUGGUGGUUUUUCAUCAAGACCAGGACUGGGGCAUUCAUUAAGCUUUUGAAUAUUGUCACGUAUAGAAGCUUUUAUAUUCUUGUGUGUUAGACAUUGACAUCUAAAUUAAAUUUUUGAAAAAUUUUAGACUUAACAAAUUUAAAUCCAGUUUACUUUAAAACUAGUUUAGCAGAAACUCAGUAACAUUUACAUAUUUUAAUUGCUGUUCGGCUCAAAUAUACACUUCACUAUUUUAAAUUUAAUAAUAGUAGAUUAAAUUGAACUUUGCGAAACUACAUUAUUGAAAUUUAUAUUUGACAUUAUCUCGUUAAAGUCUUCUAUCUUUUAUUCCUAAUAUAUCAUACAAAAUCACUACAUGUUUUGGGCUAUGGUGAUAUUCUUCAAGUCCGUUUUCCCAAAACAAUUAAAAAUUUCUGAAAAUCCUAUUUUUGGGUGUAAAACCGUUCCAAAUACAAUUCUUUAGAAACCCUGGAAUGCAGCCCACAACCAUAUCUUCUCCCUAAUAUGAUAUUUUCUAUUUACAAUACCCAAAAUUAAAAUUUACGAAACUUUGAAAAGUUUUCAAAUUAUAAAGAAGUUUAAACUGUUUUCGUCGAGAUAUUCAGAACGUUAAACCAAUUAAAUGUGCUAUUGUUUGUGUUUUUUUUUUCAUAAAAAAAUCUUCCCACCAGACUCCUUUUCAAAAUGUUCUCAAGUGUAAGCAACAAAGUUUAUUAAAAUAUAAUCUUUUAUUCCUCAAGAUAUUUAAGUCCGAAUCUAAUUUUGAAUAAAAGUUUGUUAGGUCUGUCAACUCGAUUUUAUUAAAAAUCUACUUAUAUUUUAAAAACUAUUCUUUUUAGAAAAAAAAAUACCCUGAAGGCAGGCAAUACAAUUUGUUACCUGUUAAAUACUUCACGUGAAAAAUUUGUGUUAAGAUAUCAGAAAGAACUAUUCCAUCAUUUUUUUAAUUCAUACCAAUUUUUUAAUACGUCCAUGGAUUUAAAUUUUAGUGUCCUUAAAAUGUGGAGAAAGGUUAACAUUUUCUAUUUGAAAAAAUCGGAAGUAUUACAAAAACUUUCUACGAGACGUUUAAAAGUUUAUAAUACUUGCUAAAGAACAUCAACCUCUAAAACAAUCCCACAUUUUUAAAUGUUAAAAAUAAUCAUUAUAAUUCUUUUUUAAAAAAAGAAAGGCAUACAAAUUAUUGCCAUAUUACCAUUUUUUCUCCUUCCAGAUGAUUAAGUAAUCUGAGUGUUUUUUUUUUUAACUUAAAUAGAAAUUUAAAGAAUUUAAGAGCACGAAAAAAUAUCAAAAUAAAAGCAAAACUUGAAUAUCAAACAAAUUUCAGUUUUUCAUCAGUUAACAUCCUUAAUUUUUGGCUUAUGAAGUAAAAAGUUUACUAUAAAUUCUUUUUUUAAUAAGAUAUCAAUAAAAAAUACAUUUUUCAAAAACAUAUAACACGGUUAACAAAUAAGCUUGACUUUACAUUUAGCCAUCUCAAAAUUCAAGACACAAUACAAACUCAACAGAAAUAACAAAAACAAAACAAUUGAUUAACAUUUUUCUAUGUAAUUUUUCGUUAGUUAAUUACAAUGUACUACAUUUAUACUUUUGGUAACUUAUACCAAGCUUAAGUAGUUUUUUAAAACUUUUACAUAUAAAAUUAAAUUUAAAAAAAAAUUAAAAAAAAACAUAAUUGAAAACAAUAUUGUUAACAGAAGAAAUUAAUUUAUAAAAAAAUACACUUAGGUUACAUAAUUUAAAAAAAGACACAAAAUUAUAAAUAUAUACAUAUUCAAACAAAAUUUAUAAAAAAUGAAAAACAGUUUAGUGUAUAUUAUUAUUUAAAAAAAUAUAUUAAGCUUUAAGAAAUGUAAAAAAAAAGAAAAAUAUAACAUAGAAUAUAUAUAUAUAUACUUUAACUACUAUAUUAAUAUAAAAUUUUAAAUUUAGCUGAAACAAUUUUUAUUAUGAAAAUGAAAAAUAAAACAUAACAAUAUAAGUCAUAGUUCUUAAGAAACAAACUAUCAUCAAACAUAACAUUUUAUUUUAGAUUUAAAUAAUUAAAAAUAAGUAAAACAACAUAACAAAUAAAAAACAAAAAACGAAACAAAAAAAAAAUAUUUUUAAAAAAUCUUGUGAUCUUCUUAAGAAAAAUAAAAAAUAAUAAUAGAAACAAAAUAUUUGAAAACUACUUUUCUUUUUGUUAUGUUUUAUUUUGUCAAAUGAUUCAAAAUAUAUAUAUUGAAAAUUGUGUGCGGUUAGAAAAUAAAAUAUAUAAGUGUCCUCAUAAUAUAUUUCAGUGUUAACAAUAUUAUAUAUGUAUAUACAACAAAAUUAUAUUUAAACAAUUGUUCGUUAUCAUACAUUUCUAUUUUCCUUAUAUUAUUCUACUUUAAAACAAAAUUUUGAAAUGUCACUGAAUUUUUAAAAACGGUCUACGUUUUAUGUUAACAAACUCAAAGAAAACAUUUAUUUUUAAAAAUUAUUGAAAAUUAAAUUAUAGUUAAAUAUUCAUAAGAUCGCUUAAAAAUUGGUUUUAAAGAGUUUACAGUUUCGUUUUUAAUAAUAUUGAUUCAAUAUUUUCUACUAGAAUUUAUUCUUAUUCAAUAUUUCCUCACAUAAAUUCGGAACAAAUUUCUUGUUUUAUUUUUCUGUGUAAAUUUAAAAUAAGUAAAACCUUUAAAUAAAGGGUUUGUCAAAAAUUCCAAAUUACAGAAAACGAUUAGAGUCCAUCAAAACCGUAAAUGGCAUUUCCAUCAAUUUUAUAUUGUAACCUUUUAAAUAAGUUAUUCAGAAUGUCAAAAGGGACUUUGAAAAUUGGCGUUUUCGGUUACGAAAAGAUCUGUAUUUAAUGUUUGCAAAUCUUUCUUACUGCCUUUACUCACUUCUCAGUCUUUAAACUUUAUUAUUUUAUAAGAAAAUUUACUAUAUUUAAUUAUUUAUAUUAUUUUCAACACUGAUUAAAUCACAAAUAUUAACAAAAUUGAAUUUUCGCAGUUAUAUAUGAACUAUAUACAUUUUUAAACUGAUUUAGAAAAGUAAAGAAUAAUUUUCAUAAAAAAAAUCACACACAUAUACGAAAGCAAUUCUUAACCUUCCUUACUUACUAAAGUAAAUAAAUAUUUAUAAGCAAAAAAAACUAUUUCAUAAGAAUACAAAAUAAAACAAAAAUUCUUCAAAAUAUCCAAACUUAUAAACAAAAAAACUAUAAAAUAAAAAACUUUUUCUCUUCCACAUUUUCUACGAAUUUCUUCACACAUUUUUUAUAAUUAAAUUAACUUAACCCUUACAAGAAUAGCAACUUAAAAAAACAACAUCAACAAAAAAGCUAAUAACUACAAAAUAUUUAUUUAUUUUAUUCCAAGAAAAAAACAAACAACUAAAUACAUACAUAAUAAAACUUAAAAGUGCAAAUUGUAAAACGAAAUAUAACUUUUUAUUUAGAAUAAAUCAUAGUAUAAAAAUAAAAAUAUAUAAAUUCUGCUUUGUGUGCUGCAAUUUAUUUAAUAUUUAAACAAAAUACAAUAAAUAUUAGAAGCAAAACAAAACUAUAUAAAACAAAAAAUAUAUAAACCGCUCACAAAAUAAAAAAAAAUAAUUGUUAUUUACAUAAAAUUAAUUAUAAAAGCUGAAUAUUUAAAUAUAACUUUACUUAAGUUUUCUACAGCAAAACAAACAAAAAUUAAACAAUUUUAUUUAUUUUAAAUCAAUUAGUUAAAUAACAAAACAAUACAUAAAAAUAAAUUUUAUUAAAUUUAAUGAAACCAAGGAAAUUAAAAGAAUUAAAAUAAUAAUAAUACAAAUAAAACAGAGAUUAUAACAUUUACAAAGAAAAGUUUAGAUUUUUUACCUGCUUAUUGAUAAUUCUUUUGAAAAACAAAAAACAAAACAAACAAGCUAGGAAAUAUUAAUUAUAAAUUUAUAAAAAUAUACAGAAGUGUAAAUGUUAGCUGGAAUCUUUUUUUUAAAUAAAACAUUUUUGUAUCCCCAGUAAUAAGAUUUAUAUAUUAAUUUCUUUUUAUAAAUUAUUAAUAAAUGAUCCUCUAUGUGUUGUAUUCUUUUGCUCGAAAGAAACUUUUGUAGUUAGGUAAAAAAUAACAACAAUAAUAUAAGCAACUUAAAAUGUUUAAUAAUAUUUAUUAUAUUAUAUUAUAUUAUGCCAACGCAAACAAAAUUAAUUUACUUUUACAAAAACCAAAAGAAAAUUUUUAAACAAAAUAAAAACACAAAAUAUAUGCGAUUAUGAAUAAUCAAUUUUUUUCCAACCAAAUCAAUUCAGUGGUUUCAAAUGCUCUUUUACAUAAAAUAAAAAUACAAAAACAAAAACAAUGAAAAAUCAAAUAUAAGCCUCUACGGAAAAUACCAAAUAACGCAAAACAAAAAUAUAAAUUUUUUCAACUUAAUAUUUUUCAGAAAAAUGCAAAAAUUCCAAACCUUUGUUUAUAAUUUUGAAAAAAAAACACAAACCACAAAAUAAAUGUUAAAGUAUUUAAUUGCUUGUUCAAUAAAUUUAAUUUGUUUUUUAUAUAAAUAUAUUGCAAUUGCAUUUUAACGAAACAUUUUGUGAAGCUGAACAAAAUAUUUAUUAUUAUAAAAACUUAAAACCAUAGCUAAAGCAUCAAAAACAAAUUAUAAUAACAGAGAACAAAAAUGUACUUAAAGCGGGGAAUUAAAUUCAAGAAGGGUUGAGUUUAAGUUUUUGAAUAAUAAUAAUAAAACAAAUAAAAAUACAAAUAAUAAACAAAAUUGAUAAAUGAAAGAAAACAACAACAAACAAAAAACUAUAAUUGAGUGAAAAUGCUAUUUCUUAUAAUAAACGAAUAUUGAAAAAUAUAGAA